CCCGCAGGCGCCGCUUUCCCGGGGCCCCAGUGGCUGGAGGGCAGCUCCGCAGCGGGCCGCAGGAGGAAGCGGACGGUCUUCACGAAGCAGCAGCUGGAGAUUUUGGUGGGCGCCUUUGAGAAGCACCGGUACCCAGGCAUCGGCACGAGGGAGGAGCUGGCAAGAAGGAUCGGCGCCCCGGAAUGCAGGGUCCAAGAAACGGUGUUGCAGCGUGCAUUGUGGGAAGUGGAACCGGUGGCGUACGAGGAGAGCCUGAUCUUUAGCAAGACGACGAUGGCAUCUGUAAAUAUGGAAGCAAUAGCAUCUAACCCUGCUGGAGGGUCAAAUGGUUUAGAAGAGCCUAAAAAAAUGACAAGGGAGGACUGGAGAAAGAAGAAAGAGUUGGAAGAACAGAGAAAACUGGGCAAUGCACCAGCUGAAGUGGAUGAAGAGGGAAAGGACAUUAAUCCUCAUAUUCCUCAGUACAUUUCCUCUGUGCCAUGGUAUAUAGACCCUUCCAAAAGACCUACACUAAAGCAUCAGAGACCCCAGCCAGAGAAGCAGAAAGAAUUGACUGCACAAGGAGAAUGGUAUAAGCGAGGGGUGAAAGAGAAUUCCGUUGCAACAAAAUACCGCAAAGGAGCCUGUGAAAACUGUGGUGCGUUGACACAUAAGAAGAAAGAUUGCCUGGAGAGACCUAGAAAAGUUGGAGCAAAAUGCACAGGAACGAACAUUGCACCUGAUGAGCACAUGCAGCCACAGCUGAAGUUUGAUUAUGAUGGAAAAAGAGACCGUUGGAAUGGCUACAACCCAGAAGAGCACGUGAAGAUUGUAGAGGAAUAUGCCAAAGUUGAUUUAGCUAAGCGCACACUGAAAGCACAGAAACUGCAGGAGGAGUUGGCUUCCGGAAAACUGACAGAGCAGGUGAGCUCUCCAAGGCAUCGGUGGGGCGAAGAGGAACCAAAUUCACAGAUGGAACGAGAUCAUAACAGCGAAGAUGAGGAUGAAGACAAAUACGCAGAUGACAUUGACAUGCCUGGGCAGAAUUUUGACUCCAAGCGGCGCAUUACAGUCCGGAAUCUGCGCAUUCGAGAAGAUAUUGCCAAAUACUUGCGGGAUCUAGACCCCAAUUCAGCAUACUAUGAUCCCAAGACAAGAGCAAUGAGGGAGAAUCCAUAUGCCAAUGCAGGAAAGAAUCCAGAUGAGGUCAGUUAUGCAGGUGAUAACUUUGUUCGUUACACUGGGGAUACCAUUUCAAUGGCACAAACACAGCUAUUUGCUUGGGAGGCUUAUGAAAAAGGCUCUGAGGUUCAUCUCCAAGCAGAUCCUACAAAACUCGAACUUUUGUACAAAUCGUUCAAAGUGAAAAAAGAAGACUUCAAGGAGCAGCAGAAAGAGAGCAUCCUGGAGAAGUAUGGAGGGCAAGAACAUCUGGAUGCCCCACCAAAUGAAUUACUGCUUGCUCAAACAGAAGAUUAUGUGGAAUAUUCUAGACAUGGAACAGUUAUUAAAGGCCAAGAAAAGGCAGUUGCUCGCUCUAAAUAUGAAGAAGACGUUAUGAUCAACAAUCACACGUGUAUUUGGGGUUCGUAUUGGAAGGACGACAAAUGGGGAUAUAAAUGCUGCUACUCAUUUGUCAAGUAUUCAUACUGCACAGGAGAGGCUGGAAAAGAAAUGGUUAAUGCUGAUGAAGAAUUGCCUGCUGGAGAAUCAAAUGAGGAAGAGUACGGGACUGUUCCCAAAACUCUUGUAGAGAUCCAUCAAGAAAAACAGGGAGAAGAAAAGAAGAAGAAGAAAAGGCAUCAGAAAAGUACCAGUUCUGACAGUGAGGGAGAAGAGAGAAAAAAACAGGAAAAACUGAAAAAGGCACUAAAUGCAGAAGAAGCCCGUCUCCUCCACGUGAAAGAGAUCAUGCAAUUAGAUGAAAGAAAGAGACCUUAUAACAGCAUGUAUGAAAGCCGGGAGCCAACAGAAGAAGAAAUGGAGGCUUAUCAAAUGAAGCGUCAGCGUCCAGAUGAUCCCAUGGCCUCUUUCUUGGGACAGUAGUAUUUGUGAAAAGAACUCACAAGCCCACAGGGCAUGGUGACCAAGUGAACGAAGCUCUGCCCGUUUUCUGCCUUGUAUAUAUAUAUAUAUAUAGCAAUUUUAAGCUGAAAGAGUUUACUGCAGGUGUUUCAGCUGAAGACAACCGUCUUCCGGUUAGCCUACGCCUGACUGGAUAAAUGCAGCUUAUUAGACUUCUGUGAAUUGUAUUGUAUAGUUUUAAUGUUAAGAAUUUUAGGUUUUUAGGUUUUUAAAUGCUUUGACUUUUUAAAUGUAAUCAUUCUGCACUUUGUUUUAUUGUUUUAUCGUUUGCUGUGAGCCGCCCUGAGCCACUCUGUGGGAAGGGCGGGGUAUAAGUUACGGAAUGAAUAAAUAAAUAAAUAAAUAAAUAAAA